CCGCAACGUCACUAAUGACACGUAUUCAAAAUGGCGGCCGCGGCUAUGGAGACGUGGUGGGCCUUGCUGCUGUUGUCCUCGCUGCCUGUGGUCCGAACCUUCUAUGUUCCCGGAGUCGCUCCUCGGGACUUCCGUGAUGGAGAGACAGUAGAUAUUAAGGCAGUGAAGCUGACCAGCUCCCGCACCCAGCUUCCUUAUGAAUACUACUCCCUGCCUUUCUGUAAGCCGAAAUCUGUUUUCUACAAGGGAGAGAAUCUGGGCGAGGUCUUGCGUGGCGACCGUAUUGUGAACACACUCUACAAUGUCGAGAUGAACAAGGACAAAAAGUGUGAGAUGGUUUGCAGCAAGAAGAAGCUCAGCAUGGAAGAGAGUAAGCUGAUCGCUGAGCGGAUCCAGGAGGAGUAUUAUGUUCACCUUAUUGCAGAUAACCUUCCAGUUGCCACUAGGUUAGAAUUUUACCCCAACAGAGAAGUCGGAGGGGAGGAAGAGCAAAAGAAGGACAUAGUGAAAGACAUCCAGUUCGAGCAUGGUUACAGAAUGGGCUUUGUUGAUAACAACAAGUUUUAUCUACACAACCACCUGUCCUUCGUCCUGUACUUCCACAGGGAGAAGCUGGAGGAGGGGGAGAUUCACGACUACAGAGUGGUGCGAUUUGAGGUCGUACCCCAAAGUGUCAAAGUAGAAGAUCUGAAGGCCAUGGAGCAAGAGAAGACUUGCACUUUGCCUGAGGCCAGCGGUUCUGCCCCCCAGGAGAUUGACCCGACCAAAGAGAAUGAAGUCCUUUUCACCUACUCGGUGCACUGGGAGGAGAGUGAGGUGAAGUGGGCGUCUCGCUGGGACACAUAUCUAACCAUGAGCGAUGUCCAGAUUCACUGGUUCUCCAUCGUCAACUCUGUGGUGGUUGUCUUCUUCCUGUCAGGUAUUCUGAGUAUGAUCAUCAUCAGGACCUUGAGGAAGGACAUCGCAAACUACAACAGAGAGGAUGACAUAGAAGACACCAUGGAGGAGUCGGGUUGGAAGAAUGUCCACGGCGACGUCUUCAGACCUCCUCAGUAUCCCAUGAUCCUCAGCUCCCUGCUGGGCUCAGGGAUCCAGCUCUUGUGCAUGGUCCUCAUCGUCAUCUUUGUCGCCAUGUUGGGGAUGUUAUCUCCAUCAAGUAGAGGAGCCUUGAUGACCACUUCCUGCUUUCUCUUCAUGUUUAUGGGUGUGUUUGGAGGCUACUUUGCCGGCAGACUGUACCGCACACUGAAGGGCCAUCGGUGGAAGAAAGGAGCAUUUUGUACAGCGACUUUGUACCCUGCAGUGGUUUUUGGCAUCUGCUUCAUCCUCAACUGUUUCAUCUGGGGAGAACACUCCUCUGGGGCGGUUCCCUUUACCACCAUGUUAGCCCUCCUCUGCAUGUGGUUCGGUAUCUCCAUGCCGCUGGUCUACCUGGGCUACUACUUCGGCUUCCGCAAACAGCCGUAUGACAACCCGGUGCGCACCAACCAGAUCCCUCGGCAGGUCCCAGAGCAGCGCUGGUACAUGAACAAGUUUGUGGGAAUCCUGAUGGCCGGGAUCCUGCCGUUUGGUGCCAUGUUCAUCGAGCUCUUCUUCAUCUUCAGUGCCAUCUGGGAGAAUCAGUUUUAUUACCUCUUCGGCUUCCUGUUCCUGGUUUUCAUCAUCCUGGUGGUGUCCUGCUCUCAGAUCAGCAUCGUCAUGGUUUAUUUCCAGCUCUGUGCAGAGGACUACCGGUGGUGGUGGAGAACCUUCCUGGUGUCGGGAGGCUCAGCAUUCUAUGUCCUUGUUUACGCCAUCUUCUACUUUGUCAACAAGCUGGACAUCGUGGAGUUCAUCCCCUCCCUCCUGUACUUUGGUUACACCACGCUGAUGGUUUUGUCCUUCUGGCUGCUAACGGGCACAAUCGGUUUCUACGCCGCCUACAUGUUCAUCAGGAAAAUCUACGCUGCAGUCAAGAUUGACUGAGUUGUCGCUGUUUUUCUCGUUGUUUGGGUUUUUUUGAUUUUUAUUUCACAUUCAGUUUUUUUUAAAUAUAUAUUUUUUAUUCUUCAUGUCCAACAUGCACUGACUCAUGUGCAGAGGGAUCGAGAGGUGUGUGUUUUACUGCGUGACCCGCUGAAACGGUUAAACCGGCCGUUUCUCUCACACUCUCUCCCCCGUAAACCUCCCCCUCCUCACCCCUUUUUAUUUUUUUUGCUUCUUCACCCUUUCCGGGACAGAGACCCAGAGGCAGCCUUCCUCUGCCGGGACGUUUAUGUCUUCUGUCGUCUCACCUUGCACACAAACGCAGCGGGCCAAAGCUUGUCAAACGAUGGUUUCUGCACAUUUAGUUUUUUUCCAUUUGUGUUUUGAGUCUAACUUAUCCAGGUUUUUUUUUUUUUUUUAAGAUUAUUGUUUUGUCGUCAUCGCAGGAUUUCUCUGUGACUUCAUCUCUUUCAAUCAUCUGCUGGGAGGCAAUUUUUCCUCUAAAUUUCCUCACAUAAAUUCUGUCUUUACUCUCUCUCCACUGUCUGUUUUCAGAUGUGACUUUUCGUUUCAGAGACUUUCACACAUCAGGGAAGGAUCGGGGGGUCUAACUGUGGUGUUUGUUGUGUUGAACUGAUAUGGAUGGAAAUUUCUGCUGGGACGUUCUGCAUUGUAACACAAGAAAGGAUAAAUUAAAUGUUCUAUUAUUUUUUA